AUGUUUAAGAGCGCAGUAUUUCCCCAGAAGCUGUCUCAUCUUCUUUAUGGAAAGAAGCUAGAGAUACAUGAUAGGAUCAAGAAAAUAGAAAAGAAGCGAUCUUCAACCAGAGCGAAUGGCACCACAUACGUGUAUGAUUAUCCAGUACUAAUCGGUCGCGCAUGUCUAGAGCAGUGGAAGAAAUUACACGAUCGAUCAAAAAAUUGCAAAGGAGUCGAACGGGAUCUUUUCAGGCAACAAUUUGAGAUGUUGACCGCCGAACAGCGUGUGGCUUAUCACAACGGUGACUACAGGCAAUUCCUAUCUGAAGAAGAACUAGUUGUGAAGGAAUACAUGCGGCAGGAUGUGGACAGUCAUAGCGGGUAA